AUUCCCAAGUAUGUUCAGUACUGAUCAGCCAAGAGGCAAAAGACGAUUUCCCACCCCGGCUCCUUGCAUCGUCAAACGGACGGACUUUCAUAUAUAUGUCCUUUCGGGACCCAGUCAGUUUACACCAAAGGGCUCGGAAGAGCUACCACUUGCCUAUGCUGGCCUUGGAAAGAGGAUGCUAAAUCUACCGGACAACUUAUUGCACAGUGAGACUAUGGCUUCGGUUGAGGAAGAAUUUCCCAAACUGAAAACAUUAAAAGGAGGCUGGAUGUUUUUCAAGUCAGCAGGUGGUAGUGGACGUCGAAAGCUGUCCAUAAUCCCUACUGACUCCGAGGGGUACUCCACAAGGCUCCUCAAAACAGCGUCCAACAAUGGAAAAAACAUUGUGUUUGUAAUUCCACUCCAGGAGCAACUUUCUACUGAACCACUACCCUAUGACUCAGCAGAGUUUGCAAAGAUGCCACAGUCAACCUGCAUAACAUGUGGUAGUCAAAUGCCUUUGCAGCUGUUGCCUUUACAUGUGGAGGAAUGUAAUGACAUAUUGACUGAGAGUGAAUCUGGGACUUCUCUUGAUGAAGUGAUUGAGCAGCCAAAUCCACCUAACACAGGGAUGGAAGAAUCGUCAGAGGUUUGCCCUAUAUGUCUUGAGUCUUACCCGAUUGAUGUCCUCUCAUUUCAUGCAAGCACAUGUGGUGAAGGAAUGGACCCUGCUCAUCAUAGCAGUAUGACAAGGACAGAGGAAAUGCCAAGGACAGAGGAAAUGCCAAGGACAGAGGAAAUGCCAGGACCUUCAGUUCAAAGAUUGCCAGCAACAGUUUCAGCAGCAUGGGCCAAUGAAGUGGACGCCCGGAAGGCAUGUCAGUUGUUUAGAGAGGAACUGCUGGAACGUAACUAUGAAUGUCCACGCCUCUUUCUGUCAAUCGACAUGUUUGACGCAGAAGAAGAAACAGACAGUUCAUUGAUUUCAUUCUUUAAAAUGAACAAUGUUAACUGGGCAGCUCCAUUAAAGUGCAGGCUGAGAGGGGAUGCAGCAGUCGGCCAAGGUGUCAACCGACACGUUUUGUCAAUGGCCAUGCAGAAACUGAAGACCGGCUUCAGUAUAAAUUUAGGCUGUGCAGCUCUGACAAGCCUUUUUGAAGGGGAAAUGGAACAUCGGGUUCCCUCCGCAGCUGCUGUGCUUCGGGAAAGCAACCUGUUUGAGAUGGCAGGUCGGAUGAUAGGCCUUUCCUUCCUGCAUGGUGGUUUUGGUUUCUCAGGACUAAGUGUGCCUGUAGUGACUCUGUUGACUGGUGGGAGCACGGAUACUGCAGCAUCAGCGCUUACCCUGCUGGACUGUCCUGAUCUUGACCACCGUGAAACAAUUGGUUUUCUCAAGAAUACACAACUUACUGCUCAAGAAACCACCAGUGUGACUGAUCUUUGCCUGUCCUGGGACCUCCCUGUUCCAACCUCCACCAAUCAUGACUGGCUGUUCCAGGAACUUCUUUCCCAUGCAGUACUUCACCGUGUUAGGCAGCCUAUCAAACAGAUUCGCAAAGGCCUUAAAGAAACGGGAAUCUGGCCGCUUGUUUCAAAUAGGCCAGAUGUCCACCCCAUAUUAUUUCCAAGAGAGAAAAAUGAUGAGCUGAACUCACAGACUGUGAUCCAGAACAUCCACUGGCCACAGCCCAAAAGUGACAGCGAUGAAGACGAGGACGACGCCGUUCCAUUGGAGAAAGUCAGUCUCGUCACUGGAUUUUUGAGGCAAUUCAUAGAGGAAGCAUCUCCGAAGGUGCUGCGUGACCUCUUGAAGUUCUGGGUCGGGUGGGAGCUGCUCACAACAAACCUUGAAGUUGAGGUUGUUACUUCAAAAUACCCAGUGGCUCUCACCUGCUUCCUAAAAUUGAAGCUCCCAAGCCACUACCAAACCUAUGAAAAGUUCCACCAGGACUUGAUGAUGGCCCUCAGUUCCAUCAAUUCAGGCUUUGGGCUUGUGUAGCUACACACUGACUCAGUUUGUUUUGUAUUUUUCUGGAGAAGGGUUUGCCUCUCUAUUCAAUACACUGUGUGAGAUACAGGGUUACAGUUGGUACACCUACCGUCUUUUAUAAAUAAAGGACAUUUGGAAAAAGA